AUGUCCGAGUUCAUCGGAUCUCGCAUUUCUCUCAUCUCCAAGAGUGACAUCCGCUAUGUCGGCACUCUCGUCGAGAUCAAUUCAGAAGCCUCCACAGUCUCAUUAGACAAUGUGCGCUCGUUCGGCACAGAGGGUCGCAAAGGCGGCAAAGAUGAAUACCCGCCAUCAGACGUUGUAUACGAGCAAAUUGUCUUCCGAGGCAGUGAUGUGAAGGAUCUGCGCAUUGAAGAGCCUGUCAAGGAGAAAGCUCAGCCUGCAAUGCCCCAGGACCCAGCCAUCAUCGGAGUACAACAAUCUCAGUCGCGACAAGAGGGUAGCCCACAAGACAUCACCGGUCGCCAACAACCGCCGCCAAACUUUCCCCAACCAGGUCAAUUUCCACCUGGUGGAUACCCUCCGUUCGGUGGACCUGGCGGCCCUGGUGGUGCAUAUGGCAACCGUUUCGGUCCUCCAGGUGGUUUCCCUGGUGGUCCAGGUCCUUUCCCAGGUCCUGGAGGUCCACCAGGCGCGUUCGGUAUGCCCCCGCCUCCAUUUGGAGGGCCUCCAGGCUGGUUCCCACCAGGCCAAGGCUUUCACCAGCCCCCUGGCCCGUUCUCGCCUAACAUGCCUAUCGGUCCUCCCGGCCUGAACCAGAACCAACCUCCACAAGGCCCACGGGGCCCCUCAGGUCCCCAAGCAGGCAAGGAUGAGAAGCCAGGUCAGGUCCAGCAACCGAAGGUCGCUGAGGCGGACGGCUCAACAGCCAAGCCACAACCGAAGAACGGCGCAAAGGCAUCUGGGUCCACUCCAACGCCAGCUACUGCAGGCAAGCAAGCUCCUCCACCACCAGUUGACUCGAAGCCCGAUGUCUCAGCUGCGCUGGCACCACCCCAUCCCCAAACCACUCAACCACCAUCAAAGGGCGGACCUAAGGGUGGGCGGAUCGUCCCCGCUGUACCCAUCCCAAGUCCAAGAGCGACCAAGACGGCGCCUCACACUCAACAAAGUGCAGCUGCUUCCACCGUCCCUACACAAAUGCCUACCGCUGCUCAGCAGCAGAAUGCUACUCAACUAGCAACUGCCGCUGUCGCCGAGGCUAUGGCCAAGCUCAACCUCCAGAACAAGGGUCAGGCGCAGGGUCAGGCGCAAGGUCAACCACAAGGCCAAGCUCCUGUAACAGACCCCAUGAACAACCUGGCACAGCAGGUGCAGGGCAUGCGCGAUCAACAGAGCCGUCAGCAUCAACCCCGUCAACGAGGGACUGGAGAGUUCCGUGGUAGGGGCGGCAGGGGAGGACGAGGUGGCGUUCAUCCACAACACCCAAAGAUGGAAGUGCCCACAACCGACUUUGACUUUGAGUCCUCAAACGCAAAGUUCAACAAGCAGGACUUGAUCAAGGAAGCCAUCGCCUCUGGAUCGCCAAUGGGUGAUGCUCCAGCAGCCCCUGCUGUCGAGGCUGCCUCCACUGAAAAGGAAGAAGUCGUCAUCCCUGGUGGAUCCAUGUACGACAAGAGCUCUUUCUUCGACAACAUCUCGAGCGAGUUGAAGGACAGAGAGGAAGCUGCGAUGCGUGGUCAAGAGUUCAGGAGCCAAGAGCGCCAGAAGAACAUGGAGACCUUUGGCCAGGGUAGUGUCGAUGGCUACCGUGGUGGUCGAGGAGGACGUGGCCGUGGUCGUGGACGCGGUCGGGGCUUCGGCGGCUACCGUGGCCGUGGUGCACCCAGAGGCCGUGGCGGCGCCGAAUUUGGUGCCCAACCUGCCGCCUAG